GCGCGUUGUCAAUCAUAGGAUCCGCCUUUUGCGAAGGCGCGCGAUUCGCCUUGGAAAGCCUUUAAGCGGCGGCGGCGAGAGCCGAUGGUUUCAGUCGCACUCUGCGGGCUCACAGCGAGGCCGCACCAGUGCCCAGGUUCCAAGCGCGUGGGAACCUGAACACCCACAGUAGACUCAGCCCCAACCGAGCAGCGCCGCAAGCCCCGAGACGUUUAACCACCACCCACCCCAUCCGACGCAGAGGAAGGGGGAAUCGGAGUUAAAGACAGACAGACACAGACAAAGCAUCGCGAGUGAAAAUGGAAGCCAGGAGAGGGCUGCUGAGGCUGGCCCUGUGCCUCUCGGCGUUUCUGGGGCUCGCCGUCGAGGGCGCACUCGGGGCUGAGGGUGACUUCCAAGCGGAGCGUUUCGCGCAGGCCGAGGAGGGCCCCGUGGCGCGGGCCCCACGAAGGGGCCGCCACGACGCUCUGCGAGGACCAAAUGUGUGCGGAUCCCGGUUUCAUUCCUACUGUUGUCCCGGCUGGAAGACCUUACCUGGUGGCAACCAGUGUAUCGUGCCGAUCUGUCGACACUCGUGCGGCGAUGGCUUCUGCUCGCGUCCCAACAUGUGCACUUGCUCCAGUGGGCAGAUCUCAUCCACCUGCGGCUCCAAGUCCAUCAGCCAAUGCAACAUCAGGUGCAUGAAUGGCGGCAGCUGCGCGGACGACCACUGCUCAUGUGGAAAGGGCUACACCGGCACCCACUGCGGACAGCCCGUGUGUGAUACGGGAUGUCAGAACGGAGGCCGAUGCAUUGGGCCAAAUCGCUGUGCCUGCGUCUACGGAUUCACAGGCCCACACUGCGAACGAGAUUACCGCACUGGGCCGUGCUUCACGCAGGUGAGCAAUCAGAUGUGCCAGGGCCAGGUCAGUGGCAUUGUGUGCACAAAGGGACUCUGCUGCGCAACUAUUGGCCGAGCCUGGGGCCACCCAUGCGAGGUCUGCCCUGCUCAGCCGCAUCCCUGCCGCCGGGGAUUCAUCCCCAAUAUCCGUACCGGUGCCUGCCAAGAUGUGGACGAGUGCCAGGCCAUCCCCGGCAUGUGCAAGGGUGGCACGUGUGUGAACACAGUGGGAUCGUACGAGUGCAAAUGCCCUUUGGGACACAAGCAGAGCGAACUGUCCCAGCAGUGCGAGGACAUUGACGAAUGCGAAACCAUCCCUGGCAUAUGCAACGGUGGAGAGUGCAAAAACACCAUCGGGAGCUAUUUUUGUAACUGCCCUGCUGGCUUUUCCACGCCACCUGACCGCUCAAGUUGUUUUGACCAGCGCACAGGGGCCUGCUAUGCAUCACUCGCCAAUGGACGGUGCAGUGCAGUGAUGCAAGGACAGUUCACGAGGACCCAGUGCUGCUGUGACUCGGGCCGGUGUUGGUCUUAUGGCCCUACACCAGAGAUGUGCCCCAUUCGUGGCACAGAGGAACACCAGCGAAUGUGCGAGCGCUUGCCAUAUUCACCCGGCGCUGGGCAAGGCUACCCAGAUAGGACACAUGUCCCCGGUGAUCCCAAUGGGCCAGGUGGGCCAGGCGGACCAGGCGGACCCGGCGGACUUGAUCCAUUUGGACCGGGUGGACCAGGUUAUAUAGGUGGGCCUCACAGGCCAGGACAGGCUGGUGGCCCACAUCAACCAAGAGACCCAUUAUUGCCUCUUGUACCCCCCUUUGGGCCUGGUGGGACGCAUUUGCCAGGUGGACCCCUGAGGCCAGAUCCUGGUAGCCAAUUUCUACCCGGAGGGCCAGGAGGCCCAGCAGGAACUUACCCUGGUAUUGGAGGGAUUGGUGCUCUGAACCAAACACAUUGCGGCCGUGGAUUCAAGUCAGACUUCCGUGGUGGUUGUGUUGACAUCGACGAAUGUGUGUACAAUGGGCAGGUCUGUAAGAACGGUCGUUGUGUCAACACGGAAGGAAGCUUUCAGUGCAUCUGCAAUGCAGGGUUUGAGCUUACUGCUGAUGGUCGCAAUUGCCUUGAUCAUGACGAGUGUUCCACCACAAACAUGUGUCUGAACGGGAUGUGCAUCAAUGAGGAUGGGAGCUUCAAGUGCAUUUGCAAACCUGGGUUCUACCUGGUGCCCAGCGGACGAUACUGCCUCGACAUUGACGAGUGUCAAACGCACGGCAUUUGCAUGAACGGACGAUGCAUCAACACUGAGGGCUCCUUCAAGUGCGAGUGUCCUCCAGGCAUGAUCGUCAGCAUGGACGGGCGCCUCUGCAUCGACACACACAUGCGCAGCACUUGCUACGGCGACUACAUGAUGGGAAAGUGUCUGACCCCUUUCCCUGGGGCCAACACUAAGUCCGAGUGCUGCUGCGCAAACCCCAACUUUGCAUUUGGGGAGCCGUGCUUGCCCUGUCCUGCGGUCAACUCUGAUGACUACAAGAUGCUUUGCCCAACUCCUGGAUUCGACAAUGGGGGGAAAGACAUCAAUGAGUGCGCUCUGAACCCGGAAAUCUGCACGAAUGGACAGUGCGAGAACCAGCUGGGCACAUACCGUUGUGUCUGCAACAUUGGCUACGAAUCUGACAUCACUGGCAAGAAGUGUGUAGACGUCGACGAAUGCACGCUUCGCGCUCACCUGUGUGAUAACGGAAGCUGCCGGAACACACCUGGCAGCUACACCUGUGCCUGCCCGGCGGGAUACCUCUUCAAGCACGAGACGGAGAUGUGCGAAGAUGUCGACGAGUGUGAGUCGAAUCCGUGCAUCAAUGGGAACUGCCAGAACACGGUGGGCUCAUUCACCUGCGUGUGCCUGCCCACGAGCAAGCUCGACCAAACCAAGACCAUCUGCAUUGAGAGCACCAAGGGAACAUGCUGGCUCAACAUCAUCGACAACCGCUGUGAGGUGAACGUGAACGGUGCCACGCUCAAGUCUGAGUGCUGCUCCACGCUGGGCGCCGCCUGGGGAAGCCCAUGCGAGCCCUGUGAACUUGACACCAUUUGCCCCAAGGGUUUCUCCAGAGCGAAAGGAACUCAGUGUGAAGACGUGAAUGAGUGCGAGGUGUUUGCGGGGAUCUGCGUCAACUCUCGCUGUAUAAACACGGCCGGCUCAUUCAAGUGUGAAUGUCCACCUGGCCACACCCUUGAGAGCACCGGCAGGACCUGCAUUGACCUGCGCCUGGAGAACUGCUACCUGUCGUACGAAGAGGAGGAGUGCGAGGAACCGCUGGCCGUGCGUCUCCGCAGCGACGUCUGCUGCUGCUCCCUGGGCAAAGCCUGGGGGCCCGAAUGCGAGGGCUGCCCCGAGAAGGGCAGCUCGGAGUACGCCUUCCUGUGCCCACGUGGCCCUGGCUACUCCAACCGUGGCGACCCCGUCGGCCGACACUUUUUCAAAGAUAUCAACGAAUGCAAAGUUUUUCCACAAAUGUGCUCCAAUGGCAAGUGCAGGAACACCAUUGGGAGCUUCAAGUGCAACUGUGAAAAUGGCUUCGUUUUGGACGCAGAGGGCAAGAACUGUACAGACAUUGAUGAGUGCAAGAUCUCUCACGACAUCUGUGGAAUGGGGACGUGCGUGAACACACCCGGAAGCUUUGAUUGCGAGUGCAUGGAGGGCUUUGAGAGUGGCUUCAUGAUGAUGAAGAACUGCAUGGACAUUGACGAAUGUGAGCGGAACCCGCUGCUGUGCCGCGGUGGGACAUGCGUGAACACGGAGGGCAGCUUCAAGUGCCUGUGUCCACCGGGACACGACCUGAAUGAAGAUGGCACCGUGUGCCUGGACGUGGAUGAGUGCUCUCUGAGUGGCAAUCUGUGCCGAAAUGGCCGCUGUGUCAACAUGAUUGGCUCAUACCAGUGUUCCUGCAACACCGGCUACAGUGCCACCCCAGACCGCCAAGGAUGUGUGGACAUUGAUGAGUGCACAAUCAUGAACGGUGGUUGUGACACCCACUGCUCAAACUCAGACGGAAGCUAUGAGUGCAGCUGUGAGCGGGGCUAUGCCCUGUUGCCAGACACACGCAGCUGCUCUGACAUUGAUGAGUGCGAGGACAACCCGUACCUGUGUGACGGCGGGCAGUGCACCAACGUUCCGGGAGAGUACCGCUGCCUCUGCUAUGAUGGCUUCAUCUCCUCCGUGGACAUGAAGACUUGUUCCGAUGUGAAUGAGUGCGAGCUGAACCCCAACAUCUGCAUCCACGGCAAGUGUGAGAACACACGUGGCUCAUUCAUCUGCCACUGCAAGGUCGGAUUCACCGUCAAGAAGGGCUCCACAGGAUGCACAGACGUGGACGAAUGCGAGAUUGGAGCGCACAACUGCGAUAUGCAUGCGACGUGCGCAAACGUGCAGGGCAGCUUCAAGUGUACCUGCAUCGAAGGAUACUUUGGAGAUGGAGUGAAAUGCCAAGAUGUCGACGAAUGUGCCAACGGGACGCACAACUGCAUCCCGGAGGCCAAGUGCGUGAAUAUUCCUGGCACUUUUACGUGCGUGUGCAGAGACGGCUUCUCGGGCGAUGGACAAACAUGUGUGGACAUGGACGAGUGUGCAGAGAACGUGAAUCUCUGCGAAUUUGGCCAGUGUCUCAACUCGGCUGGCGGUUAUCGCUGCGAGUGUGAGAUGGGCUUUGUGCCAACCGUCGAUGGGCGAUCCUGCAAGGAUAUCGACGAGUGCAUGUUCGACAACAUCUGCGUGUUUGGCAAGUGCGAGAACGUGCCCGGAAUGUUCCGGUGCGUGUGCGACCCUGGGUAUGAAAUCGAUGAGACCGGAGGGAACUGCACAGACAAAGAUGAGUGCGCUGAUCCCAGCAAUUGCUUCAAUGGCAUCUGCACCAACACACAAGGAAGCUUCCUCUGCACCUGCCCUGCCGACUACCAAAUGAGUCCCUCAGGCCAAGGAUGUGUGGACUACAGAGUCGGGAAGUGCUUCCUGGAGUCCACGGAGAGAGGAGACGGCACCUUGAGCUGCAACGUGGAGAUUGGCAUCGGCAUCUCACGUUCGUCGUGCUGCUGUUCCCUGGGCCGAGCUUGGGGUGCCCCAUGCGAGCUUUGUCCCGUCGUCAACACGACUGAAUACAGGAUUCUUUGUCCUGGUGGUGAAGGCUUCAGACCAAACCCCUACACCGUCAUCUUGGAAGACAUUGACGAGUGUACCGAGCUGCCGGGGCUGUGCCAGGGUGGAAACUGCCAAAACACCUUCGGCAGCUUCAAGUGCGUCUGCCAGCCAGGCUUCCGCUUCAACGAAGACAACCGGCAGUGCGAAGAUAUCGACGAAUGUGCCAACUUUCCGACGGUGUGCGGUCCUGGCACCUGCUACAACAUUGUCGGGAACUACACUUGUGUCUGCCCACCCGACUACAUGCAGGUUAAUGGAGGGAACAACUGCAUGGACAUGCGCAAAAGCUUCUGCUACAAGACCUACGACGCGGCUGGCUGCGACAACGAGCUGUCGUUCAACCUGACCGAGAAGGAGUGCUGCUGCAGCUACAACGUGGGAAAAGCCUGGAACAGGCCCUGUGUGCCCUGCCCAACCAUCUCCACCAAGGCCCACAAUCAGCUCUGCGGAGGUGUCCCACCUGGUUACGAGAUUGAUAUCAAUACAGGCGAGCGCAUUGAUAUUGACGAAUGCUCCAAGAUCCAGGGCAUAUGCACCAACGGGAUGUGCGUCAAUCUGCCUGGUAGCUUCCGCUGCGAGUGCCCGAUGGGUUUCCUCUACAACGACAUUCAGAUCAUCUGCGAGGACAUCAACGAGUGUGCCAGUGCUGAGAAGAUGUGUCAGCGUAAUGCUGAGUGUAUCAACUCUGUUGGCAGCUACCGAUGCGAGUGCUCUCCAGGCUAUACGCAGACUCCAUUUGGUCUCUGCAUAGACCGGGACGAGUGCUCCGAGAAGCCGGAGAUUUGCAGCCCUGGGCGUUGCCAGGACACGGAAGGAAGUUAUCGCUGCAUGUGUCCCAACGGUUACAAGGCCACGGAGGACCAGAACAUGUGCAUGGACGUGGACGAAUGCGAGCGCCAACCUUGCGGCAAUGGCACGUGCAGGAACACGGUGGGGUCGUUCAACUGCCUCUGCUUCCCCGGCUUCGAGAUUUCGGCAAACAAUGACUGCAUGGAUAAGGAUGAGUGCGUCUCUCUGGCUGCUCACGUCUGCAAGUUUGGCAGUUGCAUCAACAACGUGGGCUCUUUCAAGUGUCUUUGCAACGAAGGCUUUGAGCUCACCGCUGACAAGAAGAACUGCAGAGAUAUUAACGAGUGUCAGCAAUUCCGAGGCAUGUGUGCGCCUGGAACGUGCCAGAAUCUGGAGGGCUCCUUCCGGUGCAUGUGUCCUCCGGGCUACGAGGUCAAGGAAGAGGCGUGCACAGACAUUGACGAGUGCUCAUCGGAGGAGGACCUGUGCAUGAUGGGCUCGUGCCUGAACACAUUCGGCAGCUUUGAAUGCCGUUGUCCCUCAGGCUUCAUCCUCUCUGAGACUGGUCGCAAGUGCUACGACGUCCGCGUCAACUACUGCUUCUCGGAGUUUGCCCAGGGCAAAUGCUCCACCCCGAAGCCCUUCAACACCAGCAAAGCCGGCUGCUGUUGCAGCAUGAUGCCAGGCGAUGGCUGGGGCGACCCCUGUGAACCGUGCCCCAAACAGAACGAAGAGGAGGCCUACAGGUUGCUCUGCCCAUACGGUCCUGGAACGGUCGUUGGCCGAGAUGACAGCCGAGAAGAUCUGGACGAGUGCCUUGCCAACCCGGGCAUCUGCGCCAACGGGCGGUGCAUAAACACAGACGGCUCCUUCCGCUGCGACUGCCCGAUGGGCUACAACCUCGAGGCGGCGGGCUUCAAAUGCGUGGACGCGAACGAGUGCUCCAUUGGGAACCCAUGCGGCAACGGCACGUGCCUGAACGUGCCCGGAGGGUUCGAGUGCACGUGUGACGAUGGGUUCGAGCCGGGACCCAUGAUGACCUGUGAAGAUCUGAACGAGUGCUCCCUGAACCCUCUCCUGUGCGCCUUCCGCUGCGUCAACAACUUCGGAUCCUACGAGUGCAUGUGUCCCACUGGCUACGUCCUGCGCGAGGAUCGCCGCAUGUGCAAAGACCAGGAUGAGUGUGAAGAAGGACUUGACAACUGCGCAUCCAGAAACAUGAUUUGCAAGAACCUCAUUGGCACCUACAUGUGCAUCUGCCCGCCUGGGUACACUCGCCGGCCCGAUGGUGAAGGCUGCAUUGACGAGAACGAGUGCCGCCUGAAGCCUGGAAUUUGUGAGAACGGCCGCUGCAUCAACAACGUUGGCAGCUACAAGUGCGUCUGCAACGAGGGCUUCACCCUGAACCAGGAUGAGACGGAGUGUGUCGACAGCCGCAGAGGCUUCUGCUUCACGGAGGUCAUCCAGUCGCUCUGCCAGAUGGUGUCAAGCAGCCGCAACCUCGUCACGAAGUCCGAGUGCUGCUGCGACGGAGGUCGCGGCUGGGGCCAGCAGUGUGAUAUCUGCCCGCUGCCGGGCACUGCCCAAUACAAGAAGCUGUGCCCGCACGGUCCCGGCUACACCACUGACGGGCGAGACAUCGACGAGUGCACGGUGAUGCCGGGCAUGUGCCACCACGGGCAGUGCAUCAACAGCGAGGGCUCCUACCAUUGCAUGUGCAACAACGGCUACACAACCGACAUCACCCGCACGGGCUGCGUGGAUCUGGACGAAUGUGCCCAAUCGCCCAAGCCCUGCAACUUCAUCUGCAAGAACACAGAAGGCAGCUACCAGUGCGCCUGCCCACGUGGUUACAUCAUGCAGGAGGACGGCAGGACAUGCAGAGACCUCGACGAAUGUGCCAGCAAGCAGCACAACUGCCAGUUCCUGUGCGUGAACACCAUCGGAGGCUUCACCUGCAAGUGUCCCCCGGGAUUCACGCAGCACCACACCGCGUGCAUCGACAACAACGAGUGCGUGUCCCAGCCCGGAACAUGUGGCUCCAAGGGUGUGUGCCAGAACUCUCCGGGCAGCUUCUCAUGCGAGUGCCAGAAGGGCUUCAGCCUCGACAACAGUGGCAGCAACUGUGAAGACAUGGACGAGUGCUCUGGAAACCACCGCUGCCAGCACGGCUGUCAGAACAUGCUGGGUGGCUACCGGUGUGGCUGCCCCUCGGGAUACCUGCAGCAUUUCCAAUGGAACCAGUGUGUCGACGAGAACGAGUGCACGAACCCCCAAGUGUGCGGUUCGGCGUCGUGCUACAACACGCUUGGCAGCUUCAAGUGCGCCUGUCCAAAUGGAUACAACUUCGAUCAGUUCUCCGGCGGAUGCAACGACGUCAACGAGUGCUCACACUCCAAGGCGCCCUGCAACUUUGGCUGUUCCAACACGGAGGGCGGAUACCUGUGCGGCUGUCCUCCCGGCUACUUCCGCGCCGGCCAGGGGCACUGUGUGUCUGGAGGCAGCGCUGGGGGUAAGAGCGCGUACGGACCGGGGUCCGUGCCAGGGACUGGGCCCGCAGAGCUGCAGGAGGAUGAGAACGUGCUGUCGUCGGAGACGUGCUACGAGUGCAAGAUCAACGGCUACCCCAAGCCCAACCGCCAACGCAGAAAUGCCGGGCAGAACGCGCAACCUGCAGAGUUGCGCGAGAACGCCACAGACAUCAACAUGGCCAGCCUGGACGUGGAGCGCCCCGUGACCGUGCACGUCAACAUCAGCUCGCUGGAGGACGGAGACUCCAUCCUCGACCUCUUGCCGGCGCUCGCCCCGCUUAACAACCACGUGAAGUACUCAAUCGUGGCUGGCAACGAGGCGGGCAUCUUCCGCAUCGGUCAGACCCUAGCCGACGACGAGGGCGAGUCGGAGAGCCGGAGCGACCUCGGCAGCUCGCUGCUGCUGGCCAAGCGCAAGGCGGCGGCCGUGCAGCGCCCGUCCGCUCACACCCUCGAGGUCACCGGCGUGCCCACCUUCCGCCGCAAGGAGCUCCGGCGGCUGGAGGCCGCUCACGAGAAGGACUACCUCUCCGGGGAGCUCGGUCAGGCUCUGCGAUUGAAGCUGCGCAUCCUGCUGCAUUGAUCGCACCUGCCGCUCGUGCCCGUGCUCACGCACUCACGCACUCACGCGAGAGCGCGUGAGUGCGUGAGUGCGUGCGCACCACUGAGUUAGACAGCGGUAAGGGUUGAGGUAAUUGCUGAGAGAUUGUGUGAGGAAUACGAGAUUGGGAAAAAAAAAACGGAGUGUUGUUAUAUGGGUGGGGUAGCUGGGGGAAUAAAGGGUUGGGAGUUGAUUGAAAUGAAACUACCAAUAAUAAUAAUAAGAAUGCAUUUAGAAAGCUGCCUAGUGAUACCGCGAGCACAAAGUACAAUAUUAACCAUGUACAUUGUCUACUCCAAAGAGCAGUGAUGUUGUUACAAAAUAUAACUACGGUUGUGAAGUUGUGCGCCACACACUAAAUAAUAAUAACAAAUUGGCUUGAAAUAAACUGGGUACUGUAUUAAAAGUAUUAUAUAAAAUAAUUGAGAUAUCAUUGUACAUGCCUUUUCUAUUUUAUUUUUGAACAAUAUUUCUGCCCCCUUUGUUUGAAGGUUAAACUUUAGCUCUGUAUUUCUAAAUUCCGUGUUAUUCAGAUUCAAAAUUUUGAAUGCAAGAUGCCCAAUGAGACUGUCAAUUUUCUGUUAGCUUUGCAUCAAUACUGGAGUAAAAUGACAAUGACAUUUUCUAUAAAGUUGAUCUCUUUGCAUCAUGAUGGGCAAGACAAAAACUAUGAAAUGUUAUCAUACAUGAAUUGUAACAGUCAGGCUUUCUGCAAUAAGAAUUACACUUUACGUUUUUAAAAGUGAAUUGUGACAAAAUGGUAAUAAAUGUCUGCCUAUUGGUCAAAACAUGUCAAUGUGCAUUUUCCUGGGUUAAGGCCAGUAAUUCCAAAAGCACAACUUAAUUAAGCAAUGAUGUAUUGGCGUUUUCAACUCAAGUACUGCCAAAUAAAAAAUAUAUAUAAAAAUUUCCAGAAAAGUUAAUCAAUUCAGCGUGAAAGUCUGCACAGCCAUUUGUGGUCCCAAAAGAAAGUGGUGCAUUUGACGCCAGAUUACAACAGGAACUCAAAAACGUGAAACAGGAGUUGUUUGGCUUACUCGCUAUUACACAAACAGUUAAUAUGAAUGCAAUUGUUGUAAGAUUCGCUAACAACACGCUAUUUAAAAAAAAAUGGUGCUAGUAAUAUGGUUAUGAAGAAUACUGCACUGCUAAGCCGUAUUUCAAACGUACAAAUGAAUAUGAAAGAAUUACUGUACGUUUUGAUUCUAUAAAUUUUUUUCUAAAAAUACAUUACAUUAUAUACAUUUUAAAAACUACAUGUAAAAUACUUUAAUGUGAUCUAUGUUAAUUACUUUCCAUUUUUGAACUUGAAGCUCUUUGUUAAUCACAAGCCAGCGUAUUUUAGUAUCUGUGGGGUUUUUUACAAUUUUUUGUUAAUUACUUCAGGGUUUUUGUGUGUUGUUUGCAAGGAAGAAAUCAUCAUCUUGUAUAAUAUCGGCACCGAUUAAAACGACAGUGGGUAGCUGUAGAAACAUGAUGCUUUUAUUUUUUUGGGAUGUUUAAAGUCUGCAGUCGGUGAUGAUUUUCCACCUGUCGUCUGUCAAAAAUGACAAAACCAUGUAUAAAAAAACAACCUUAUGCUGGGUAAAAGCUAAUCUGUGACCUGUACUGAGGAAUGAAGUAAUAGACCACUGCAAAGACUGUUGAUAUAAUGUUUUGUAAUUGUCCGUAAACUGUUAAUAUUACACGGCAAUAAACCUUGAAUGAACAAAAAAA